GAAUGAUUACUUGACCAAUAUCUGGGCAGCUUGUACUAGGGUCCUGGAAAAACAUACCAGUUCUACAAUUUCCAUCGUACACGGCACCUAAUACGUUUGGGAAAAGGAACUGAAGGUUCUUCACAACUGAAGGUCCGUAAAGGAGGGGAAAACUGGAACUAAUGAACACUACUUUAUUCUGGAAUUUCAUAUCUGCUCUCCAAUGACGAGAUGUAUUGUGUAUUGCUCUUGAUCCUCCUACACUGUUGCAAACUGAAAGCUCAGGAAAAUGUGUUCACCUUAAACAGACUUGUACUCAGUGCCAGUCCAUCUAAGGAAGUACAGAAUGGCGAGUCAGUCACGCUCAACUGUUCUGUGGAGACAAUUAAAAACAGCAAUUUCGUGCUGAAUUAUACAUUUAAAAUCUUCAAAUAUGACAAACUUCUGGUCACUAUCACAUCAGAGCAAGAAUGGGUAUUGUAUACCAUCUCCCCAGCUAGAUUUUCUCAUUUUGGGGAUUAUCAGUGUGAGGUAAACGUCAAAGGAAAAUCAAAGACCAGUGAUUAUUUGCCUCUUCGAGUAAAAGGAAUAAUGAAGCCAAAACUGACUGUCCAGAAAACACAAGUGACAGAAGGAGAAAAUGUUUUGUUACGUUGUGAAGCAAUAGGAGAAAAUCCUCCUUUUUAUUUCACGUUUUAUAAAAUCCGACCUUCUCCAAGUACUUCCUCGGUACAUAAGACUAAGCCUGAACAAACAGAAAACUUUGCAGAGGUGGAAUUCCCAGUGGAUGAAGGGGACACCGUUUUGUUUUUUGAAUGUACCGUCACAGUAGCUUUAGUAAAAGGGUCUGAGACAUCAGAACCCAGUAACAGAACAACUGUUGGUGUUGCUGAACCAUUCUCCGUUCCCAAUAUAACUGUCUAUCCGCAGAACGUUGUCGAGGGGGACAAUAUUGUGAUACAGUGUACUACUAUCCUAAGUCAUUGGCAUGAGAUUGAAAUGAUCCUCCAGAAGGACAAAAAUAUUCUUAAUAAUUCUAAGGGUGGAGAGUCUGUGUCGUACUCUGCAGUAGCUACCAUGGAGAACAGUGGCAAUUACACUUGCAAAGUAGAACUCGGGAGAGUAUCCAAAACCGUCACAGUGAAUGUGGUAGUGGCAGAGCUGUUUUCCAAACCAGAACUACACGUUUCUAAAGAAGACCUAGAUGAAGGCAACAUGUUACAAAUGUCCUGUCUAGCUAAUAGUUCAUUUCCAUUGAAUGUCUCGCUCAUGAAGGAUAACACAUUCUUGGCACACUCUACUUCCUAUGCCUUUAUGGCCAACGUCGCUAACAGCGGAGUCUAUGAUUGCAGGGUGGAGAUAAAAGGAAUCGUCAAAAAGAGCGACCCUGUACAGAUACGUGUUUAUUCUCCAGUUUCAAAGCCACAUCUUUAUAGAGCCACCCGCUUCUCGGAGGGAGCUGUGUUGGGACGCCCUUUCCCUUUACGUUGCUAUUCUAAGAAUGGAACUCUACCUAUAACAUAUACUCUGUACAGAGGAAACAUAACCGUCGGCAAAACUGAAGUCAGAAAAGACACGCCAGCAGAGUUUAAGGACAAUGCAACUAAGGAGCACAUUCAAGGAGAAUACAAAUGUGAAGCUAAAAAUGGCCAUUCUCAGAAAUCCCAAAGCAGUGGCCUCAAUAUCACAGUGAUAACACCAGUUUAUAACAUAAGCCUGGAAAGCCCUUCACGUGGAGACGUGGAAGACGGCCAGGACCUUAUCCUGUUUUGCACUGUCACCUCAGGGUCUUUCCCGAUUGAGUUCAACUUUUUUAAAGAAAACGAAGCACAGUCCUUGAGUAAGGUGACCAAAAAUAAAAUCCACACUGCGAUUUGGCACAAAACAGGACUUACAAGCCAAGAUACAGGGAAGUACUUCUGUGCAGCUGACAACUCUGCGAAAGCACAGCUAUGGAGCAAUCCAGUAAUCGUCAAGGUUGUUCUGGCUUCGUGGAAGAAAUGGCUUAUUGCAUUGUUUGUUAUGCUCGUCGUCCUUGGCAUGGGUGGGACUUUCUUGUGGUACUUCAGAAAGAAGGCAAAAGCUAAAGGCAAUUCAAUGGAGUUGGAUGGCUCCAUGGCAGCAACCAAUUCAAUGGGUGAGAAAUUGACAUCAGGACUGAAUAAUGAAGGGGAAUUAUAUUAUGGGUCAGGCUAUAAGGACAAUGACGAGAAUCACAUGACAUCAAAAGAAGACAAUAAAGGACCUGACCUUGAGAGCACCGAAGUGGAAUAUACUGAAGUGGAAGUGGCAGCUCCUGACCCUUACAGAGGUCCUGUAACAAGGAGGAAUGACACCGUUUAUACUGAAAUCAGAAAAUCCAUGAAUGAUGCUGGGGAAAACAGAAAUUCUAGAAUAGAAGGUUCUCCUGAUGGGACAUAGAGAAGUAGACAAGAAAAGAUUAGCAGAAACAAGAUGGAGGAUGCUCGACCAGUUCAAAAUACACAGCGGCAUUUAGAUGCUUCCAGAAGACACGUUUUGCUUGAGCUGUUGGUAACCCCUGUGGGGUGAACAUGACAUCUAUACAGUAUUACUGCUGUCCUGCCACUUCCACUAGUUAAAUAGUGAUAUGCCUCCAAUUAUAUGGUCUACAUUUUAUUCAGUGUCAUUCUAAUCAGUAAAUGUAUGUACAUGUGAUGAAUGUUUGCCACCUUUCCUGCUUUAAAUUUCCCAGCAGUUAUGGAUAAAGCUGUCAAAAUAUGA